CCCGACUUGUCCAACCCUACCCGUUACCGAUUCGAGCGGCCGCUGGACACCAUUCGAUCGUUUGAGGCUGCCAUCGAGCGCCGUCGUCGUGAGGCCAUGUAAGAUGAGACUUGGCGUGUGAAUAUACUGCGAAUGAUGUUCGAUUUCUUGUGAUUAUGUUUGGGUUCGGCGCUGGACGACGUAUGGAUAUGGACAUGGACAUGGAUAUGAGUUUGAUUUGAUUGAGCGUGUACAUUACUUCACUGGGUAUGCUUCUGGAAUGUUACCUUGUCGAUCUCUUAUUUCAUUCUCCUUCAUCUGGGGUUUACCGACACCCGGUAUUCCCAAUCAAAACUAACUGCAGUUCACACCGAUCGACACUACUGAAUUGCAUUGCACCUCGUUCCAAGGAUAUCCUCGCUUCCAGAGAAACAAACUACGCCCUCGCAGCUCUAACCUCUCUUGGCACGACCGUAUUGACUGGCCGACCAGCAGGCGAAGGCUUGGCCGUAUAUAUACUUUAUCCGGUCCUCGGCCUCCGACCCACUGCUUGCCUCUAUCCGGAUAUAAGCAUCCACUUCACCAAGACGCUAUCCGCCACUACAGCAUGGUUUGGGAUAAUGUCCCACUCAAUUGCCACUCCUACUCACCGUAUAGGUCUUCGCUUGGCUGAAGAUAUAAGUUUCCAGGCAACUAUACUUGGCUGAUCUUGGCAUGUUCGAGGAAGAUGGCAGGGGCGCAGGUUACGGGGUUACUGAGUAAUGGCUGAAUAGGA